CCGCCGCCCGGGGCCAUGGCGGCGCUGGUGCUGGUGCUGCUGGCGGCGCUGGGCGGCCGGGCCGUGCUGCCGGGCGGGCGCUGCGCGGCGCCGCUGGCCGACCUGCGCUCGCAGAUCUCGGGCGUGGAGACGCUGCUGGAGGAGUUCCGCCGGCAGCUGCAGCAGGAGGAGCCGGGGCCGCCGGCGACGGCGAGCGGCGGCGGGGGCGGCGGGGAGCGGUGCGGCGGCAGCGGCAGCUUCUCCGCCAGGCCCGACUCCAUCAUCCGCACCAAGGACUCCAUCGCGGCCGGCGCCACCUUCCUGCGGGCUCCGGGUGCCGUGUCGGGCUGGCGGCAGUGCCUGGAUGCCUGCUGCGCCGAGCCGCGCUGCACGCUGGCCGUGGUGCAGGGGCCCGCCCGCCCGCGGGGCACGGCGGCCGAGCCGGGCUGCUACCUCUUCAACUGCACGCACCGCGGCCGCCCCGUGUGCCGCUUCGCCCCGCACCGCGGGUACAGCUCCUACAGCCGCCGCACGGCCGGCAGCGCCCCGCAGGAAGAAGAAUACGAUGAGCCUCCGCAGUGCAAGGCAGGACAAGAUAUUGUGCUGCAGUCACCUGUUGACUGGGUGCUUUUGGAUGGCCGAGAAAGUUCAGAUGACCAUGGAAUUGUGCAGUAUGAGUGGGCACUGCUGCAGGGUGACUCAUCGGUUGAAAUGCAGGUACCACAACCAGGAACACUGAAACUGUCUCACAUUCAGGAAGGCGGGUAUAUUUUCCAGCUAACUGUGACAGACACUGCAGGUCAGCAGAGCUCUGACAACGUCUCUGUGACCGUUCUGCCCAUGGUUCAUUCUGCAGGAGCCUGUGUUGGGGUUUGCUCUCGCUAUCAGUUUAUCUGCGAUGAUGGCUGCUGCAUUGACAUCACUUUUGCUUGUGAUGGUGUGAGACAGUGCCCUGAUGGAUCAGAUGAAACUUUCUGCCAGAAUCUCAGUCCAGGUCGAAAGACAGUGACACACGCAGCUCUUGGGACUACCCAGCAAAGGACUGUAGGACUGACUGAAAACACAGAUGAAAACUUCUCUGCAGAAAACACCCUGAAAGCCACUGUCAGAAAUCAACCACUUCUCUCAGUGGAUACAGGCACGUCUAACCAAUCGCUUUCUCAGGGACCAAAGAAACAAAUCAGUGGAUUUGUGCCAGAUUGUCAUGGAAAUACAAUCCAAGAAGGAAAACGUGAUACCCUCAAAUCCAGUGAAUGCAAGGCAGAGUAAAAGAAGGUGUUAUCUACUGGAGACAGCAUGUGGCACAUUCUAACUGGCUGCUAGACUUGACGCUUGAUACAGGAGCUUUCAGCUGACUUCUAAAGAACAGAAGUUUUUCCCAAGAAGUUGCAGGACUGGGGAGUUGCUUUGUUUUCUUUUUUACAUUUGUUUUUAUUACAAUGGUGCUUACAGUACCAAUAAGGGCAUGUCCUUUCUGCUACUUACCUCUCCAUAAAUAGAUUUCAUCUCUCAGAUUCCAAAAAAGAUGUCCAAUAAAGGGACCUCCUUGUUGAGAACCUCCAUUUUAAAAGGAGCUGGGCUAAGCUGCAAUGUUUUGGACUGUGGGAUGGUUCCUGGUAGCAGGAAUAUGAGCUUUCUGCCUAUGAGGAUCAUAUAAGGGAAAAUUUGUCCCAGAAUCCAUUUUCUCUUAACAGUUUCUCUGUUCCAAAUGUCCCUUAACCUGCCAUCUUUACUCCAGUGGCCCUCAUGUUUUUCUCUGACUUGAUACAAACUUUUUAAGGAUUUACACUGAUGUCUGAAAAUAUGAAAAUAUGUAAGUCCAAGUUAAGUACUAUUUAAAAUUUCUACCUGACCUAGCAGAGAAUCUAUUCACAAUAAGGAGGAAAAAAACACAACCAAGCAACCAAAACAAACCCCAAAAAUCAGUCAUUUUUGACAACGGGUGAAUCUCAUUCUGCACUCCUGCCUUUCCAGUGGGAUUCCUCUACAGCUGGGGGACUCCAGGAGAACACUUAGUCCAAUACUAGGAGAUAACUUCCUCAGACACAGGGCAUGGAGUCUUCCGCAACAGACUCAUAGUUUAAUUUUUGCCCAAGCUGGAAGGCCAAACAUUUUCUUCCAAAGUUGGGAGCAGAGGCAGGAAGAGGCAUUUUAUGUCAAUAAAGGAAUCCGUUCUCUCUCUGCAGACAUGUCUCCAUGGUAAAAUAACCCAGACUGCAUCUCCUACAAAGGCCAGCGCAGCAUUUCUUCAUGGCUGCCUCCAAAGAGCCCCAGUGUCCUUCUCCAGGGAAGUUCUUAAACCCAGCUGCAUAUUCUGGCACUGCUGCACGUGCAGAUGAAUACAGCAAACACACAGUCGCAGCAAAGCUCACUGGAGUGAGCAGUGGGCUGGCUCCUAAGCAGCAACAGCCAGUAGCAAACGUGGUCACGCAGACGGCUUGAAUUCAUGAGCAGCCUGAAGAUUUACACUCCCCAGCAUAGCCAACUCAAGUGUAUAAAUCACCAUAACAGCUUUGCAUUCCCCUGGCACAAGGUCCCUGGCUGACCGUGCCAGCUGUUGUGCAGUGCUGUUCAGGGCUGGGAUGACAACAUUUGGCUGAGUGCCCAAGCCUUAGUCAUGCUUUUACUGUGGAGGCAUCGACAGCAGGAGCUCUAACCUAGAUCUCUAAAUUAGGGGAACUGGAAAGGACUGUAAAUUGCAAUUUACUAGGAACAGACUAGAAAAUCAAAAGAAAGUGAAAACAAAAUGAAACCCAGGUAACAUGAUUAUGUCACGCUCCUAAACCUGUUUGGGGAAAUUGCUCUUUGUUUUCUAGUGAUAAUAGAUAAGGUGUUGAGCAGCACUGACUGAUAGUCUUUCCAGUCAUGUAAGAGCAGCCACAAGUCUUAACAAAAUCCCACAAGCUUUACUGAAGGGAUUCUGUUCUUCUACCCUCCCAAAAUUUUCCCACUAAACUUCUCUCCAUAUUUGUCAAAUGUCUUUACAAGCACUUGGCUUAAAUACUCCAUUUACUCAAAUGGCAGGGAAACAAAUUUACAAAACAGGCAUUUAGAUCUAGCCUUGCCAUUCAGGCUGGAGCCUGAAUUUUCUUAAGCCAGUAUCUUUUGGGUAUUUCCAAAAUAAAGACAAAUACUUGUUUAAUUUCAUUCAGGAAAA